CUCUUCAACUCCUCCACCCUUAUGAUUCCUACCCACUCAUUCCCUCUCUCGCUCUCUCCGCCCCUUUCACGUUACCUCCCCGUACCCCCCGUCUUUCACCUCUUGCCUCCUGCUUCCAUCUCCCUGUCCUGCAGCACUCUGCCUUGCUCUGUGUGUACGCUGCAUCAUGAUCUAUGUGGGCUGCUUCUGGGGUCUCUCCUUGAUCCUGUCCCUGAGUUUAGGAUGGACGAAGGCUCAGCAGCAGAAUCACACCAGGCCUGUGUUCUACUGUGGAGGUGACCUGGUGGCAGACUCAGGGUUCGUCGGCAGUGAGGGGUUCCCAAGCUUCUACAAACCAAACAGCAAAUGCACCUGGAGAAUCACUGUUCCCGAGGGAAAUGUGGUCACGCUCUCCUUCCGCAUUUUUGACCUGGAGGCCGACUCACAAUGUCGUUAUGAUUAUCUGGAUGUUUACAAUGGCCAUUCCAACUUGGUGCAAAAACUGGGGCGCUUUUGUGGAACUUUCCGGCCCGGCUCUGUAAUUUCUACCACAAACACCAUGAUGCUGGAGAUGGUGUCUGAUGCGGAGACGCAGAGCCGAGGGUUUGUGGGCUAUUUCAGUGGAACCAAACCGUACGGCGAUGACGAACUGUUCUGUGGGGGGAAGAUAACAAAAGCCCAGGGAGAGAUCAUGACGCCCAACUGGCCUGACAAGAAAUACCCACCAGGAACCAGCUGCUCCUGGCUUAUCACUGUGGAGCCUGAUAUGGUGAUCCAGGUGAGUUUUGAUAAGUUCGUCCUGGAGCCUGACACCUAUUGUCGGUUUGAUUAUGUGGCUUUCUUCAACGGCGGAGCGAAAGAUGAUUCGAACCUGAUUGCAAAAUACUGUGGUGAUCAGGCCCCGCAACCAUUCAUCACCAAUGGCAACGUGCUACUGGUCCAGUUCGUGUCCGACCUCAGCGUGACAUUUGAUGGAUUCCUCGCCUACUACACCAGCGUCCCUCGUGGCUCUCAGAUCACACCAGUAAUCUCUGGAGCUGGUACGAGGUCAAUACCUCUGAAACCUGCGGUGAAACCUCCUGUGCCCAAACGUCCAGCCGCCAAACAGCCGCCACCUGCCCCCACCGCCAAGUACGUGCCACCUCCUCCCCCAGAGCCCGCGGAGAGACCAAGACCGGUCAAGCCUACGAGAGGCCGCGGACAGCCCAGCACAGGCCAGGACAGGAGGGUGCCAGCCACAAGGCCGAACGGAAAGAGGCCUGUGCCUCAAAACCCGCUGUGUGCCCAAGCCUGUAAAAGAGAUGGAACCAUCAAGACGAGCUUCUGUGCCAGCGAAUUUGUGAUGACAGGGAAGGUGACCUCGCUGGCCCCCGGGCCCCGUGGCACUGUUCGCGUCAGCGUGUCCAUUAUCAAGACCUACAAGGCAGGUCGGCUAACCAUCACACAGGUGGGAGAAACCAUGUCGGUUAGGCUGGUGUCACAGUGCAAGAAGUGCCCGUUGCUCCGGAGAGGUCUCAACUACAUUAUCAUGGGUCAAGUGGAUGAAGAAGGACAUGGCACCCUGGCCCCUGGUGCAUUCACAGCUCCCUACAAAGCCCCACAUCACAAACUAUUGAUGAAUAUCAACAACCAGCCCUGUUAGCCUCACUCCCCCGUCCAGGACAUGAUAUCGACAUGUCACACACAAACACAAAACCAGAAUAUUCACUGUGAAAUACAGAUCUAUUGAAGCACAACACUGCAGUAAAACAUAACGUAAUUUUUUACCCGACACUUAAUGCAAAUACAUUGUUUUAUUCCAACACCUACCAAACCUUGUGUUUGUAAUUUAUACAUGAAUAAAGGUUUUAUAUCUCUU